CGCACAGAGGUAACGGGACGCACAGCUGGACGGGACGCGGCUCAGCAAACAUGGUGAUAUCGCGGUUAACAGCGCUGCUGGCUGCGUGGGCAUGUGUCCUCGGCCAGCAGGAGCAAGGCCAGGUGGAGGUGGGUCUGCCGGAGUAUGGCGACAUGUGCACGGAGGGCAGCUGCUACCCUGCCACCGGAGACCUCCUCAUCGGCAGAGCCCACCAACUCCACAGCACCUCCACCUGCGGAAUACACCGACCAGAACCCUUCUGUAUUGUCAGCCAUCUACAGGAGGAGAAGAAGUGUUUUGUGUGCGACUCUGCCAACGCUUACGACGAGCACACCGACCACACGAGCAACCACCGCAUCGAGAACGUCGUCACCACGUUUGCCCCCAACCGCCUCAAGACCUGGUGGCAGUCAGAGAACGGUCUUGAGAAUGUGACCAUCCAGUUGAACUUGGAGGCGGAGUUCCACUUCACCCACCUCAUCAUGACCUUCAAGACCUUCCGGCCCGCUGCCAUGAUAAUUGAGCGGUCAGCCGACUUUGGGAAAACCUGGCAGGUUUACCGUUACUUCGCCUACGACUGCGAGUCCUCGUUCCGGACCAUAUCCCUGGGUCCCAUGAAGAAGGUGGAUGACAUCAUCUGCGACUCGCGUUACUCCGACAUCGAGCCAUCCACAGAGGGAGAGGUGAUUUUCAGAGUUUUGGAUCCUGCUUUCCACAUCGAUGACCCCUACAGCCCCAGAAUUCAAAACAUGUUGAAAAUCACCAACCUGCGGGUGAAGUUCACCAAGCUCCACACACUGGGUGACAACCUGCUGGACUCCCGCAUGGAGAUCAAGGAGAAGUACUACUACGCCAUCUAUGACAUGGUGGUCCGAGGAAACUGCUUCUGCUACGGCCAUGCCUCGGAGUGCGCCCCCAUAGAGGGCGCUGUUGCCGACGUCGUGGAGGGAAUGGUCCACGGUCACUGUAUGUGCAACCACAACACCAUGGGUCUGAACUGCGAGAAAUGUCAGGACUUCUACCAUGACCUGCCCUGGAGGCCCGCCGAGGGCCGCAACACCAAUGCCUGCAAAAAAUGCAACUGUAACCUCCACGCGGAUGCCUGCCACUUCGACAUGGCGAUGUACAUAUCCAGCGGUAACGUCAGCGGCGGUGUGUGCGACGACUGCCGGCACAACACCAUGGGUCAAAACUGCGAGCAGUGCAAGCCUUUCUUUUACCAGCACUCUGAGAGAGACAUCAGAGACCCCCACAUCUGCGAACCGUGUAACUGUGAUCCCCUGGGCUCUCUGAAUGGGGGGAUGUGUGACAGGAUGACAGACGUCCGUAAUGGACUGAUCUCUGGUCAGUGCCGCUGCAAACCCAACGUGGAGGGCGAGCGCUGUGACCAGUGCAAACCGGCCCACUACGGCCUCAGUGACCACCCACUGGGCUGUGAGGCUUGCACCUGCAACCAGCUGGGCACCGUCCCUGGGGGACACCCCUGCGACACCGACUCUGGGGACUGCUACUGCAAACGCCUGGUGACGGGCCGAGACUGUGACCAGUGUGUGCCUCAGCACUGGGGGCUCAGUAACGACAUGGAUGGCUGCAGACCCUGCGACUGUGACCUGGGAGGGGCCGUAAACAACGAUUGCUCCCAGCAGACCGGCCAGUGCGUGUGCAGGGAUCACAUGUUUGGCCGACGCUGCGACCAGGUGGAGUCUGGCUUUUACUUCAUCGCUCUGGACCACUACACCUACGAGGCAGAGGACGCCACGUUUGGACCGGGGGUGACCGUGGUGCCUCGGCCACACCCUGUAGACCGCAGCCCCACCUGGACGGGGAUCGGCCUCGUCAACGUCCCCGAGGGCGCCUUCCUGGAGUUCUCCGUGGACAACAUCCCCCACUCCAUGGAGUAUGACCUCAUCAUACGCUACGAGCCCCAGCUUCCAGACCAGUGGGAGGAGGUGCUGAUGACGUUGAUGCGGCCGGGGCCCAUCACGGCAGACAGCCGCUGUGCCAACACCAUGCCUGAUGAUGACAACCAGAUGAUCUCCCUCCACCCAGGCUCCCGCUACGUGGUCCUUCCCAGGCCAGUGUGUUUUGAAACUGGUCUGAACUACACCAUCCGUCUCAGCCUCCCCCUGUACUCUGCUCUCAGUGACGUCCAGUCUCCCUACACACUCAUAGACUCGAUUGUCCUGAUGCCCCACUGUAAGAACCUGGAGAUCUUCACGGGCUCGGAGGGCGGCGAUGCCAUCACCAACAGUGCCUGGGAAACCUUCCAGCGCUACCGGUGUCUGGAGAACAGCCAGAGUGUGGUGAAGACCCCCAUGACCGACAUCUGCCGCAACUACAUCUUCAGUGUCUCUGCACUGCUGCACCAGGGUGCCAAAGUAUGCCAGUGUGACCCCCAGGGUUCCCUCAGCACCGUGUGUGACCCCAAUGGUGGGCAGUGCCAGUGCCGUCCCUAUGUGGUGGGCAGGAACUGUGACAGAUGUGCCCCAGCCACCUUCAACUUUGGACCCAAUGGCUGCAGAUCCUGUGAGUGUGACCCCCAGGGUUCAGAAAACCCCUUCUGCCACGAGGUCACCGGUCAGUGUUCGUGCGUUCCCAGGGCAUACGGGCGUCAGUGUGACCGCUGCCUGCCGGGACACUGGGGUUUCCCCAACUGUCGGCGCUGCACCUGCAAUGGCCACAUCGAGGAGUGUGACCCUCACACAGGACAGUGCCUGGGCUGCCGCGAGCACACCACAGGACACAACUGUGAAAGGUGUCUGGAUGGUUACUAUGGUGACCCUGUGCUGGGUUCUGGGGACCACUGUCGUCCGUGCAUGUGCCCCGAUGGCCCCGGGAGCGGGCGGCAGUUCGCUGGGAGCUGCUACCGCGGCCUGGACUCCUACCAGGUGUUCUGCGUGUGCAGCCCCGGAUACAGAGGUGCUAGGUGCGAUGAGUGCACCCCGGGCUACUAUGGAAAUCCUAACGAGGUCGGAGGUCAGUGCCAGCCCUGCCAGUGCAACAACAACAUCGACAUGCAGGACCCCGGCUCGUGCGACGCCAACACGGGCGAGUGUCUCAAAUGCCUGUAUCACACCGAGGGCCACGGCUGCCAAGACUGCAAGCUGGGAUAUUAUGGAGACGCUCUCGUGCAGAACUGCAGAAAGUGUGUGUGCAACCACCUGGGCACCAACCAGGACAGCUGCCCGUCGGCGGGCGACUGCCAUUGUGAUCGGCCCAGUGGGCAGUGCCGCUGCCUCCCCAACGUGGUGGGGCAGAACUGUGACCAGUGUGCCCCCGACACCUGGAACAUGGCUAGCCAGAGGGGCUGCGAGCCCUGUGACUGUGACCCCAGCCACUCCUUUGGGCCAUCCUGUAAUGAGAUAAGUGGCCAGUGCUCCUGUAUGCCAGGCUUUGGAGGCAGAACGUGCAGGGAAUGCAGAGAGUUGUUCUGGGGAGACCCUGAAGUCAGAUGUCAUGCUUGUGAUUGUGACCCUCGGGGAGUCGCUGAGCAGCAGUGCAACAAAGCCAAUGGGCACUGUGUGUGUGUGGAGGGUGUGUCCGGCCCACGCUGCGAUGCCUGCGCCAGAGGCUACUCGGGCACCUUCCCCGACUGCCAACGCUGCCACCAGUGCUUCGCCAACUGGGACGUCAUUGUGGGUCAGCUGACCAACCAGACCCACCGGCUGGUCGACAAGGUCAACACCAUCAAGGCCAGCGGGGUGACCGGCCCCUACAAGCAGAUGAUAGACAACGUGGAUAAGAGUGCGGGGGAAAUCCGAGCCAUCCUGGCCCAAAACCCAGCGACCCAGCCUCUGUCCGAGAUUCAAGACUUACUGGAACAGGCGACCAAUCUCAUGUCUGAGCUGAGCCAUAAGCUGAACCAGACUGAGGAGACUGUGGACCAGGUGGCCGCAGAGGAGAACAGCACCUCCACCAAGCUGUUCGCUGUCAGAGAAGACGCGCAGAAGCUGGAACGCACUGUCAAGGAGCUGCUGGACCAAGUGGAGUUCAUCAAGAACUCUGAUAUCAGGGGUGCAACAGACAGCGUAACGAAGUACUACCAGCAGUCUCAGGCCGCGGAGGCCCGAGCCAAUGCUUCCACUGGUGACCCCGGCAGCCCCGUGGAAAACUCUGCCAUCCUACGGCAGACCACCGAGGACAAGAUGAACGAGACCAAGGAAGAGUUCAGCAGGAGACACAAGGAGUACGCGAAGAGACUGGAUGACCUGGCGGGGGAGCUGGAGACUCUGGACCUCUCAGAGCUCAGUGAGAAGACGUGCGGUAGCCCGGCGGGCUCGGAGGCCUGCUCCGAUUCUCCGUGCGGCGGUCUGAGCUGCAUGGACUCCGAGGGGAAGAAAAAGUGUGGAGGAGAGGGCUGCAGCGGUCUGGUCACGCUUUCCCACAAUGCCUUGCAGAAGGCCAAAGACUUUGACCAGGAGAUCAACAAUGCCAUGGAGGAAGUGGAGAAGCUGUCCAAGAUGGUGUCAGAGGCCAAGGUGAAGGCAGACGAGGCCAAGCUGAGCGCCCAGGACGUCCUGCUGAAGACCAACCAGACCAAGCAGCGAGUGGACCACAGCAACGAGGAACUCCGCAGCCUCAUCAAACACAUCAGAGAUUUCCUCACGCAGGAUUCAGCCGACCUGGAGAGUAUUGAAACUGUGGCCAACGAAGUGCUGGCCAUGCAGAUGCCCACCACCCCGGCCCAGCUGCAGAACCUGACGGAUGAGAUCAGGGGGAGGGUGGGAGACCUGGGCCAGGUGGAGUCCAUACUCAACCAAAGUGCAGACGACAUCCAGAGAGCUGAAAGCCUGCUGGAGCAGGCCCGCAGAGCAAAUAAGGAGGCGACAGAUGUGCGAGACACAGCCGAGCUGGUGAAGCAGGCUCUGGAGGAGGCCCAGAAGGCCCAGGCUGCCGCCAGCGAAGCCAUCCAGCAGGCCACCUCGGACAUCACGGUCACCAACAACCUGCUGUCCUCUGUGGAGUCCGAGACGGCCGAUUCUGAAUUCCAGCUGAACAACGCCACCCAGAGGCUGCAGAAGCUGGAGCAGGACGUGACGUUGUUGCAAGAGAAGGUGCAGAACAGCUCGCUGAGCGCCGAGCAGACACAGCGAGAUGCAGAGACCAUCAAGAAGGUGGCCGAGCAAGUCCAGAAGAACCUGGACACGCAGCUGAAGGAUAAGUAUGCCACAGUAGAAGAGCUGAUCUCGCAGAAAGCAGAUGGUGUGGCUGAUGCCAAAAAGAGGGCGGAGGCGCUACAGCAAGAAGCCAAGGAGCUGCUGCUCCAGGCCAGUGACAAGCUACAGCUGUUGAAAGACCUAGAGAAAUCGUAUGAAGACAACCAGAGGACCCUGGAGGAGAAGGCCAACCAGCUGGUGGACUUGGAAAAGGACGUCAAAGAGCUGCUGGAGGAGAUCAGUCAUAAAGUCACCGUCUACAGCACCUGUCUGUUCUAGCGGCGAUCCACUCCCAGCGUAUCUCUCCAACCCAGACCAGCUAAACCAUGCUGCCCCUCCUGGCAUUUGAUAGUCAGGAAGAAAAAAGAUGAUGACUAAAUGCCAAAAAUAAAAAUAAAAACAAACAAGUUGAGGUUGACACUACUCCAAAGAAUACCUCAGGUAAACCAGGUUCAGGGACAGGAGAACAACCCAGAUCAGAGGCUCUUGUAAAAGUCAAGUCUGCCUGGAUAAGCCUAAGCCAGUAAGAGUUUGAUAUGAAGCCUAACCCAGGCCAGGGUUAAUGUGUCUCAGUGUUAAUACAGAGAGGACGAGAACAGUGUGAAUUAUGAGUUUUCAGAGUUGUUUACUCUGGGUUAAGUCAAGAAGUGUGUAUUAUGGAAAAACCCAGAAACAGUCCUUUAAAAUUAGUUUCAUUCCAAAAAAGAACCAUUUUCGUCAUUUGAAAAAUAUGAAGUUGACCCCAACUCCCAACAAAUCAGUAAACAUAAAGCGUGUUGUCUUCAUGUUACACUAUUAAUUACACAAAUCCAUGGUGCAACAUGGAGGGGUCCCUAUGAACUAGAGAAAGGGAGGAUGCUCACCAAAUUUGGACUUGUGCCAAACUUGUCAGAGAGCCGAGUGUUAGCGGAGCCAACCAGUCGGACACGCACGUGUGGUGACCACCCAGCACGGCUCUGCCCCCGCCUCAGAGCUGCCCAAAUCUAAUCAGCAGUGGUCUCAUCAAGUCACUUUUAUUAUCCCUGUCGGCUGAAAGUAUGAAUCUGUUUGAGAAAUACUUACUUGGGAUGUGUUCAAAACUCUCUGGGACGUCUCCGUUACCACACAAGAAUGUAAAUCAUAGCGAUUCAACUGAUUCAAGCUUUUUAAAAAUGAAUGUUUACCACAAGACUGCAAAGAUGUAUACCUCGAAAAUUUGUACUUUUUGUAUUUUUUUUCUACUCCACUUUGUGAGACAUCUUUAUUACAUUGAAAAAUGCUAUGACCAAAAUUUUGACACUAAAUUGAUUUUUAAUAAAACUGCCCAAUGAAAUCCA